GCUAUAGGCUUUUGUUAAACCCAGGCCACUGACUCACCUUUCUCUCUUUUUGACGGCGGCGAAGGUGGAGGAUGCAGGCGGCCUGCAGGGCCUAAGGUUCUUCGUGGAAGGGCUGCCCUGGCUACAGUGUCGCUGCUUUGAAGAUGUGAACUGUUAAAAACCCAUUUGCUAUAGGAACAGGAAGGCGCUCAGAGUUCCUGAGGCUGAGGGCUUCGAAGGCCUUGGAAAACUGAAAGUUACUAUAUGACUUUGCAGUUAUCAGGUAGGAAAAAUAGAAGCUGGGAUGAUCUGAGUCUGAGACACCUCCAAAAACCUUUAAUCCACUGCUGUAUAAUUCACAAGGUGUGACCAUUACAUGAGACUAGUUUUAAUUGUCAGACUUGUGGAAGCAGAGAAGUGACCCUAGUGGAACAUACUUCACUUUGCAGAAAAAAUGCUUUCAUGGUGUCUGAAUCAGUAUUAUAGUUAUAGAGUGUAGAAAAGCAUGCUUCCAGUUGGUGUAAAAAUGAGUGACCGUUACUUAGAACAAAGAAUUCAUAUCAAACUUUGUGUAAAGUUAAACAAAUCUGCCAGUGAGACACUUGAAAUGUUAAAAGAAGCUUAUGGGGAUGAAGUAAUGUCGAGAGCAAGAGUUUUUGACUGGCAAAGGUUUAAGGAAGGUAGGGAUGAUGUCCAUGAUGAUGCACGGAGUGGUCGCCCAAUCACCCACAGGACCAAUGAAAAUGUUGAAAAGGUUAGAGAUUUGGUUCGUUCAAAUAGCCGAUUAACUGUGAGAAUGAUGGCUGAAAAGUUGUCUUUAGAUAAAGAGACAGUUAGACUUAUUUUGAAGGAGAAUUUGAAUAUGAGAAAAGUCUCUGGGAAAAUUGUGCCUUGUACAGUUUCAGUAGGUGAUGCUAGUGAGGGGGAGCUAAAGUAGGGGAGUACAACAAUCUUCCAUUGGAGUUUGUAGGAUUAAUUUAACUUUCAGAGGUUUUUGCCUUAUUCUCUUAAAUUUCAUUGCUUAUAGAAACUUAACCUAAAAUAAACUUGACCAUCUUCAAACAUUUUCAUUAGGUUUUGUUGGUAUGAAAUGUGAAGAGGGUAUAAAUGAAACAUGAAAGCAGUGAUGAUAGAGUGGAGUUGGCACCUCCUAGUUUAUCAUAGUGGAAGAACUAGAUUUUUUUAAAUUUUUCUUAUGUAUGGGAUGGUUUUGCCUCAUUGCUAAGAUCUAGCCGUUAGGUCUUAAAGGUGGGUAGCUGGUAGCUCAAGGGUGAACCAGGACUUUGCUGUGUCGUGUAAUCAUCUUUAAAACAUAAGAGAAGUAGGAGAGCAGAUUCACCAGGUCUGUACACAUCUGAAGAAAAUGCUGUUGGCAGAGAAGGAAUGAAAGCUCACCUUUAACAGGACGGUGAUUGACGCAAACCAGCGAGGGUAGGAUAACAUGAAAAAGCUAUUGAAAAAAGGUAGAAAAGGGCUUUGGCAAAAAGAAAAUUGCAGUUUUAGUUGAAAUUAACUAGUAGAUGCCUGAUUAUAUGAGUUUCAGGUUUAGCUACUGAAAGUUCCCUAAGUUACUUAGAUCCAAAAUCUUUUCCGAUUUUCAUUUCAGGGAAAUGAAAUUUAUUUAGUGGGAAUAUUAAUUCAGUGUUGAUUGAACUCCCUCAUAGAUGGCAUAAGGCCUAAACUCUUCAAAGCUAAAAAAAAAUGCUAAAUGACAAUGCUGCUAUAAAUGUUGAAGCUGCAGUGACUUCAAGACAGCUUUAAUAGAGUGGUUAGUAAUUAAUGUCAUAUAGUUGACAUACAGCUAAGAUUUGGUAGAUUGUAAGACUAAUUCAUUAAGUUAUAUCAAUAAAUUGUCUUCCAUUAGUACCUUUUCAUUUAAAAAAUUUGGUUGAAUGAAUUAGUACAUUAGUAUCAGUCAAGCAGAAAACCUGUUUCUCAUAAAAUUACUAUUGACCAUAGAAAUUGAUGUUUUUAUAAUUGUUACAUGUCAAAUUUAUUCUUUUGGAGCAACCAGUAGCUUUGAAAGGGAAUGGAGGGGAAAAAUAAUAAUCAGUUUCUUAAUGUUUGAAGUAUUUCAGAUGAAGAGGCCAAAGGACUUGCACAGAACACUAGGAAUUAUCGAGGAAUUGCCAUGUGUUAGUUUUAGUCUUCAGGUAAAUGCUUAUGCUGAAAUGUUAAUGACUCACGACUUGUUCUUUACACCAAUGACAUUAGUUAAUGGAUUCCCUUGAGCUUCACUAAUAAAUUGUCAGUAUAUCUAGGGAGUGUUGUAGAAUUACAGUUGGUCUACUAGGGCUUGAAGUUCACAACUCACAAAUUGGAAGACAGCAAAGUAAAUGAGGUUUAUGAGGAAGGGAUGAUUUUUAAAAAUUACAAUCUGGGAGAGAUAACAAACAAUAAAGCCUACAAUCCAAAACAGUAGGAACUAAUAAAUAUAAUUGUUAUUUGUAUUUUAGCUAGAACUUGUUUUGGUUAGCAAGGUUAUUAUUGUAUAAAGUAUAUAAAAGUAACAGCUGUAUUUCCAAGAAACCACAAACUGCUAUUUGAAAUUGUCACCAGUUAAUUGAUAAUAUCUACAUAUUUAGUGUAUGUCAUUGCUAGAUCUUAGUCCAAUCACAUCUUCCUUUCCUAACAUAAGGUGCAAUGCUAUGUUAUGCUUAUUUUACUGUUUUGUUUUUUUAAUUUGAGACAAUGCAGAUUGAUUUUGUUCAAGGAUUGAAACACUAAUAAUGAAGUUUUCUAGUCUGUUACUCCACUGCUAACCUCUUGGUCUCCUUAGGCAUCUGACCUCUUCCUUACCCUCUUACAUCUAGUUAAAUCCCUUCAUUUAAACCAUAAAACAUCUGUACUUAGUAGCCUUUUUGUAACCUUCAUUUUUCCACUAUAACUUUAUAUUCUUUUGGCAAAGACCAGGUAAAAGUAAAUGUUCUUCCAUCUCAGGUGUUGCUAACAAAACUAGCUAUUAUUUUAAAUGGUGCUGUCCCUUUUAUUUUUGUCAGAUUCAUGUCACUACCCUCUCUCUAGACAUAACUAUGCAUCCUGAACAAAACUAUUCCCUUUUACUUACCCAAGCACAAUUUAUCCUUAGUAUAUAACAAAUAGCCUUUGCAAACAAAUGUGCAACUGUAGCUGUAUGCAUGUCUGUGUAUGUAUGUUCUAUUAGACCAGCCUUUCUAAGAACUGGCAGAGAUGUAAUAAUUCCCCAUAAUGUCUACAUAAUGUAUUGUGUAUAUAACCCUUUUUUAAUGCUUACACAAUUUGCAGAUAUGACUAGUCCUAUUCAUGACUUCUAUUCAUGGUGCCUUCACUUGAGGUUUGUGCUUUUUAAUGUGUCAAGCCUUUUAAAUGUAAUAUAAAAAUUUGAGCUUACACACUUCCCAAUUUAAAUUUAAGUUGGCAUGAAAAGGUAAUAGCAAGUGAGUCCAAAUCUUGCAAUAACUAGAUAUUUUGUAAUUUAUUAUGAGUAAAUGAUUCCAUUUUUAAAGUGUUUACUGUGUCCAAGGCACUGGUCCAUCCCUUGUAUCUUAAGGAUGACCAUAUUGUCAAGUAAAGGAAAAUUAGAAUAAUUAGAGGCUUGAAAUGCUUACUGGUUAUACUUAAAAUUGUUGGAGAACUACUGUAAAACAGUACUAGAAGUAUUCUGAUCAUUUGAGGGCUGAGUAUGGCAGCCUGUCCCUAGGCCUUUACUAUUUUACACAAAGUAGUGUCCAUUCACUACCAAGCUCUAGCAGGAUAAAUGGCACAAAUCUAGUAAGAUUUUUUUUCCCCCACAGACUUUCCUUGACUGGUUUUAGGUGCAACCAUUAUUCAGUUAGGGGCUUUUUACUUAGUACUAAUACAUUUGUCAUAUUCUAAACCUGUUAACUAUCCAUUUAGCUCAUGGAAACAUUGUAGAGUUUAUGUGUUUAGGAACUAAUUUACAUCAAGUUCUGCACUUUGUCGUAAUUACAUGAAAUUUUUUUUUCAUAUUUUCUUAAGACUGAUACCUAUUGCUAGUGAUAUUCUUUUGUAGCUAAGAAAUGCCUGUUGCACACUUGGAGAAAUUCACCUUUUGGGAAGGAGAGCAUGGAAACUGUUUAAUUGUAAUGAAAUAAAAAUAAAGCUUGUACAAAAGACUAAA